UGAAGUAGUUGCAUUCUGUUUGGCCACCUGUCAUCAGAGCUCAAAGAAAACCUUCCUGGAAGGAGAGUGAAAAUGUAAUUAUAAUAAGAAACCCUAUUGACAGGACGUUGUAAAAGAGCAGGCCAGCAAUGGGAGCUGUUCAGGGGAUCUUUAUCUUCACAAGCUGUAUGUGCAGCAAUGCUACAUGUCCAGUUUGCAGCUGCUGUCCAAACAGCAGAAACUCCACAGUGACCAGGAUUGUCUACGCCUCCAUUCUGUUGUUGGGUACCAUUGUUGCCUGCAUAAUGCUGUCACCAGGAGUGGAGCAGCAACUCAGAAGGGUUCCGGGUUUCUGUGAUCAUAGGGAAAGCUUCGUUAUUCCAAGCCAUCAGGCUUAUUUGAAGUGUGAAAUGUUCGUGGGAUAUAAGGCAGUGUACCGCUUCUGCUUUGGCUUGAGUAUGUGGUUCCUAAGCUUUUCCAUUUUUACAGUUAACAUCAAGACCAGCAGAGACCCUCGUGCUUCCAUACACAAUGGAUUUUGGUUCUAUAAGUUUGUUGCCUUGGUGGCAAGUACAGUUGGUGCCUUGUAUAUUCCAGAUGGGCAUUUCACCUACACAUGGUUCAUCAUAGGCUCUGGUGGAGCUUUCUUUUUCAUUCUGAUCCAACUGGUACUGCUGGUAGACUUUGUUCACUCAUGGAAUGAGUCCUGGAUUGAAAAUAUGGAUAAAGGCAAUUCCAGAGGCUGGUAUACAGCUUUGCUGGCUGUCAUGACCCUUAACUACAUAACUGCAUUUAUUGCUGUUGUACUGUGCUUCAUCUUCUACACCAAACCUGAUGGUUGUAUCAUCAACAAAUUCUUCAUCAGCUUUAAUGUGGUGUUGUGCACCGUGGCCUCUGUUGUUUCUGUGCUGCGCAAAGUACAGGAAUUUCAGCCAAAUUCAGGACUACUUCAGUCUUCUUUCAUCACCCUGUACACAGUGUUCUUGACCUGGUCUGCUAUGACAAAUGAGCCUGAUCGAGAAUGCAAUCCCAAUCUGCUCAGCAUCUUCCAGCAGAUUACUGCCCCAACACUUUGGCCUCUUCAAACAGAAAACCAGUCAGCUGUGGUGAUCAUUGGAGCUGAAGAACCUGUUCAGACAUCCCCCUACUUACAGUGGUGGGAUGCUCAGAGCAUUGUGGGGCUGAUUAUAUUUGUCCUGUGCAUCCUUUACUCAAGCAUUCGCUCAUCGAACACAAACCAGGUAAACAAGUUGACCAUGGCCUCCAAACAGUCAGCUAUCCUUGUUCAGGGGUGCAGCAGCAGUGAUAUGUUGGAGGAGUCACAGGGACCCAGGUGGGUGAAGGACAAUGAACAAGACAUGGUCCAAUACAGCUACUCAUUCUUCCACUUCAUGCUUUUCUUGGCUUCCCUCUACAUCAUGAUGACGCUUACCAACUGGUACAGCCCAGAUACAGACUACACCAUAACAAGCAAGUGGCCUACAGUGUGGGUAAAGGUCUCCUCAAGCUGGUUGUGUUUGGCCCUUUACAUCUGGACCCUUGUGGCCCCCAUGAUCUUUACCAACCGAGAUUUUAGCUGAUCUGUUUCCCCCAGCAGACUUUCUCCUUUUCCCCAUAUGUCUGCCAGAAGGGAUAACUUGAUGGACAGAAUCAUUUCUUGUAGAGAUGGAACUGGGAUGGCUGAUCUGUCGGAUAGAUCAAGAUUUUUGUGUCUAUAAAUGGUGAUUGGGUAAGUCUGCCAAAGACAUAAAUAAUGUGUAGACAAGUAAUCCACGGAAACAUCUGUCAUUGAACAUACAGCUUGGAGUGCAUUUGAUGUAUCAUUUAAAGGUCUUAUCUCAACACUAUGCACCUUAUUUUUAUGUCUUUUUGCCCAUACAAUAAGACUGCGUAAGUGCACUUGUUAAAAAAAUGCAUUGUUAUUGGAUUCGUAAAUAGCUUAACAUUUACUUAAGAUGACUGAAACAUAAACACGAGAGCUGAUGGAUGUGAAUGGCUUCUACUGCAGGUAGAAAAAGCAACAGUGCACACCUAAACCCAACUUCUUCACAUCUCAUUCAUACACAAAUUCUUGCCAUACAUAUAUCUCCAGACCCCUGCCUGCACAUAUGAUCUCAGAGGAAGAUGUCAGUGGGCUCUUUCAGCUCCUUUAAUACUAUCAACCCAGACAUCUACCACCAGUAGCUCAUACAGCUCAGAGUACUGUCCUCCACCUGUCAGUGAUCCUGAAAGACCAGCAGCAGCAGGUGAGGUUGGGGCGUAGCUUCUCCCGCACACGAACCAUCAGCACUGGCACCCCCCAGGGAUGUGUUCUCUCCCAACUCCUCUUCUCCCCCUACACAAAUGACUGCGCCUCAGCGGACAAGUCUGUGAAACUCCUGAAGUUUGCAGAUGACAUCACUGUCAUUGGACUGAUCCAGGACGGUGAUGAGUCUGCAUACAGACAGCAGGUGGACCAGCUGGUACACUGGUGUGGUCAGAACCACCUGGAACUUAAGCCACUCAAGACGGUGGUGAUGAUGGUGGACCUUCGGAGAAUACUGCCCCCACACACCCUCCUCACCAUCCUCAACAACACUAUAUCUCCUGUGGACCACUUCCAGU